CAUUGGUGCAGAUCAAUUUAAUCAAGAUGAAUUGAUUGGGGAACUUUCAUUAAAGUAAAAUAAUGUAUAGGCUCGACAAGAGAUUCAAAUGUAGAUAUGUACUUUUGUAUUUCAAGUGCCGGUCAGACAGCUCGGGCUCCUGGAUCCAACGGCAACACGGUGCACCUGACAGUGUUACUGACAGUGAGCAGCAGCGGGGGGAGGGGCGUGUCUGCAGGCGUUUCUCAGUACGUGAUUGGCGGAGGCGUCCAGACGGGAGGCAGGGUCCGCCGACGAGGGAGGAGCCUGCGCGGCAGUGGUCCAAUAUAGGCGCUGGAGGCGAGGGAGCAUCUCGAUUAUAGAAAGUCAUUCGCGAGGCGACGAGGAGACCGGAGAUCCGCGGGAGCUCAGGAGUUUCACCUCUUUACUUCCUUUUUUUUCUCCCCCCCCUCCCCUUGUCCUGCGCCUGCCGCCGCCGACCACCACGAUUCUCUCCAAAAAACGACUUCUCAUCCAGAACGCUCUGCGUCUCGGCAGUUUUUUUUCUUCUUCUUCUUCUUCUUCCUUUCUUCUUCCUCCCUGAGGCGUUUCUUUUUGUAGAAAAGCCAACACGGAGCCGAACGAGGACGACGGACAACGACCCUCCCUCACCUCCGCAAUCAUGAUGUCGAUGAACAGCAAGCAGCCUUUCGGCAUGCACCCGAUCCUGCACGAGCCCAAGUACGCGCCGCUGCACUCCAGCUCGGAGGCCAUCCGCAGAGCGUGUCUGCCCACACCGUCGCUCCAGGGCAACAUCUUCGCCGGCUUCGACGAGCAGCUGCUGCAGCGCGCGGAGGCUCUGGCCGCCGUGGACAUCGUGGCCCAGAAGAGUCACCCGUUCAAGCCGGACGCGACCUACCACACCAUGACCACCAUGACCAGCAUGGCGUGCACGCCGACCUCGUCGUCCGCGCACCUGCACCACCCGUCGGUGCUCACCUCGCACCACCACCCGGGGCACCACCAGUCGGCGCAGGGUCUGGACGGCGACCUGCUCGACCACCUGACGCCGGGCAUCUCCCUGGGAGGCAUGUCCGGCUCGGACGUCUGCUCCACGGCCUCGCACAACGCGCACGCCCACAUGUCGGCCAUCAACCACAUGCAGCACCACCACCACCACCACCACCCGCAGUCCAUGAACAUGCACGCGCACGGGCUGGGCUCCCACGGCUCCCUGGGGAGCUCCGGCGGCGACGCGGAGCCCGAUCCGCGGGAGCUGGAGUCGUUCGCCGAGAGGUUCAAACAGAGGCGGAUCAAGCUCGGCGUGACCCAGGCGGACGUGGGCUCGGCGCUGGCCAACCUCAAGAUCCCCGGCGUCGGCUGCCUGAGCCAGAGCACCAUCUGCAGGUUCGAGUCCCUGACGCUGUCGCACAACAACAUGGUGGCGCUCAAGCCGAUCCUGGAGGCCUGGCUGGAGGAGGCGGAGCGCGCGCAGCGGGAGAAGAUGUCCAAGCCCGAGAUCUUCAGCGGCGGCGACAAGAAGCGGAAACGCACGUCCAUCGCGGCGCCGGAGAAGCGCUCGCUGGAGGCCUACUUCGCCGUGCAGCCGCGGCCCUCGUCGGAGAAGAUCGCCGCCAUCGCCGAGAAGCUGGACCUGAAAAAGAACGUGGUGCGCGUUUGGUUUUGCAACCAGCGGCAGAAGCAGAAACGAAUGAAGUUUUCGGCGACGCACUAAAAGAGACAAGGGGUCGUUUACAAAAAAGAGACAAACCAGAGACAAGCUGCUGCUGCCGCUGCUGCUCACUGUCAGAAACAAGGUGCACCGUGGUGCCUUUGGUUCCGGGAGCCCGAGCUGUCCGACCCGCGGCCCGGGGCCUUUAGGCGCGCACUUAAAAUACAUAUCCACAUUUUAAUCUCAUAUCGAGCCUGUAUAUUAUUUCCUUUUAUAAAAGUUCUCAUCAAGUCCUUAUUUUCAAAAAAAAAGAGAGCCCCUGAAACAAAACAGCAUCCAUCCUGUAAAGAUGCUGCAUCACUAUAAUUGGCUGAAUAAAUAGUAUUAUGUUAUCAUACAUUUGUUCUGACUAAUAUUGGACUGAAUAUCUCGUUGAGGGUCAUUACAGUGUUGAGGAGCAGCUUCCACUGGCGUGUGUUUUUUUGCACCAGUGGUUGUGGAAACCGAUUUCACCGAAAGUAUUCGACACACGCCGCAACCAUAUCUAUAUAUAUAUAUAUAUUUAUAUGUUUCUUUUCAUCUUCUACUUUUUAUUUGAAGCAGAUGCAAAGAAGAAGACACAACGUGUCUCUGGGUAGUUUAGAGACACUGACAGGUCUGGAUGCGGGACACCUGACGACCAAUCAUCACUCGGCAUGUACAGGAAAUCUUUUUUUCAUCUUUUUCUUUUCCGGAAAACAACAACAACAACAACAACAACUGGAUCCAACGGUGUACCUUUUUUUUUCUUCUUCUUUUUAAAAAAAAAAUAAUUCUGACAGUGGAGACGGGAGCACCGGGAGCACCGGGACCGGGACAAAAAAACUUUGAGCCCCCUGUCCGAAAACUCCAGACUCUUAAAAAAAAAAGAAAAAAGCUGGUAACUCUCUGAGAUCAUGUCGGGCUGAGAGAGAAGAGGGAAAAAGAGGAGGAGGAACAAUUCGUUCAUAUGGCAAUUAUUGUACAAAGUAAAUUAAGAAUAAUAAUAAUGAGGGGGGGAGGGAUGAUAAUUGUGAUUAUCCUCCUUAGUUGGAAUAGCGUUUUUUAUAUUUAUCAUUGUACAUAUAUAACUUGUGAAUAUGUUGCACCUCCCAUGUGUGGACAUGAUCAUUGAAAAUGUAUUGGACGUUUGUUCCGCUGUCUCUCUCUUUUCUCUCACACGUGUUCGUUUCCGUAGGGAAGUGGUCGGUUAGAGGACAAACAAAACACGUUGCUGGGUCCCUAAAUAAGAUGAAGGCACAAAUAACUCGUGGGGAGGAAGAGGAAGAAGGAACACACGCACGAACACACACACACACGAACACACACACAUUCACACCGUGUAGCUGUGUGUCUACCUCAUUAUACGCAAGUGUUGGCACGUUCAUGGUGAUUUUAACACACACACACACACACACACACACACCCUCCCCCACACACGCGCGCUAUAAAAGAGGAGUAUAGGAUUAUUAUUAUUAUUAUUUAUGUAUUUAUUUAUUUAUUUUGAUGGUUUGUGUUUUUCUUUUUGUUCCUCUUCCACCGGUGAAUUAGGCCUAGAGAACACUCACUGAUGUGUAAACCUGUUGUAUGUUCACUGCAAUGAUGCUCUGACAAUCAAAUUAUUAUUAUUAUUAUUAUUAUUACUAUUAGGUUGUUGCUUUUGUGUCCCCAUUAUUUUUUUUGCAUAUUGUUAUAAUAAUUCUUCAUCACUGACACCUUCGUGGAGCGCACUUUGUAGAUAUUCUGAUGAAGGGAAAAAAUAUUCAGCCUUAUUUAUACUUUUUUUUUCUUCCCCACCACUUCUGAGAAUAACUUAUUAUUAUUUAUAUUAUUAUUAUUAUUAUUAUUAUUAUUUUUGGAGAAGAAGAAAAAGAAGAAAGAAACAUAUUUCAUUUGUGAAAGUGUGCUUUUUAUUGUGUCUGUGUAAAAGCGACAGGAGCUGAAAUAAACCGUGCACGUUUUA